GCUCGCUGUGUCGCUCCCUCCUCUCCGGCCCUCCUUCUCGUCCUUGCUAACGCUGCCGUCGAGGGAGGAUUGAUGUCCCUUCAUCAUCAUGCAGCCACCGCCGAGGAAGGUGAAAGUUACACAAGAACUGAAAAACAUUCAAGUUGAGCAGAUGACAAAACUUCAAGCCAAGCAUCAAGCAGAAUGUGAUUUGCUUGAAGAUAUGAGGACGUUCAGUCAGAAAAAGGCUGCUAUUGAAAGAGAGUAUGCACAGGGUAUCCAGAAGUUGGCUAGUCAAUACCUGAAAAGAGAUUGGCCUGGAGUAAAAGCUGAUGAUCGGAAUGAUUACAGGAGCAUGUAUCCUGUUUGGAAAUCUUUUCUCGAGGGAACAAUGCAGGUAGCCCAGUCUCGGAUCAGUAUAUGUGAAAACUAUAAAAACUUCAUUUCUGAGCCUGCAAGGACAGUGAGAAGCUUAAAAGAACAGCAACUAAAGAGGUGUGUGGACCAGUUGACAAAGAUCCAAACCGAAUUACAAGAGACAGUGAAAGAUUUAGCUAAAGGCAAAAAGAAGUACUUUGAGACUGAACAGAUGGCUCAUGCAGUACGAGAGAAAGCUGACAUCGAGGCCAAAUCCAAACUUAGUCUAUUUCAAUCAAGAAUCAGUUUACAGAAGGCAAGUGUAAAGUUAAAAGCUCGACGAUCUGAGUGUAAUUCCAAAGCUACCCACGCAAGGAAUGAUUAUCUUCUUACGUUAGCAGCCGCAAAUGCACAUCAGGAUCGCUACUAUCAAACAGAUUUAGUUAACAUUAUGAAGGCUCUUGAUGGAAAUGUGUAUGAUCACCUUAAGGAUUACUUAAUAGCCUUUAGCCGGACUGAGCUAGAGACAUGCCAAGCUGUGCAGAACACAUUCCAGUUUUUAUUAGAAACCUCCAGCAAGGUGAUACGGGACUAUAAUCUUCAGCUGUUUUUACAAGAGAAUGCUGUAUUUCACAAACCCCAGCCUUUCCAGUUCCAGCCUUGUGACAGUGAUACUAGCCGACAGUUAGAAUCAGAAACGGGGACCACAGAGGAGCACAGUUUAAAUAAGGAGGCUCGGAAAUGGGCCACACGUGUGGCACGUGAGCACAAAAACAUUGUUUACCAACAACGCGUUCUGGAUGAGCUGGAGUGUCACGGAGUUGCAGGAUCAGAACAAAGCCGAGCAGAACUGGAACAGAAAAUAGAUGAAGCUAGAGAAAAUAUUCGUAAAGCAGAGAUAAUUAAGUUGAAAGCUGAAGCCCGUCUGGACCUGCUAAAGCAGAUCGGUGUUUCUGUGGACACAUGGCUAAAGAGUGCAAUGAAUCAAGUGAUGGAGGAACUGGAAAAUGAGCGAUGGGCCCGCCUUCCUGCAGUGACCAAUAAUGGCACUUUACACUCGCUUAAUGCAGAUGCUGAAAAAGAAGAAGGAGAAGAGUUCGAAGACAACAUGGAUGUUUUUGAUGACAGCAGUUCUAGCCCUUCUGGCACCCUAAGGAAUUAUCCUCUCACCUGCAAAGUGGUUUAUUCUUACAAGGCCUCUCAACCAGAUGAGUUGACCAUUGAGGAACAUGAGGUGUUAGAAGUGAUUGAAGAUGGAGAUAUGGAAGACUGGGUAAAGGCUCGAAAUAAAGUUGGCCAAGUGGGUUAUGUGCCAGAAAAGUACCUACAGUUUCCCACCUCGAACAGCCUACUGAGCAUGCUGCAGUCCCUGGCUGCUUUGGACAGUCGGUCACACACAUCCAGCAAUUCCACGGAAGCUGAACUUGUUUCAGGCAGCCUCAACGGAGAUGCCAGUGUCUGUUUCGUGAAAGCACUUUAUGACUAUGAAGGCCAGACAGAUGAUGAAUUAUCUUUUCCUGAGGGAGCAAUCAUUCGUAUCUUGAACAAAGAAAACCAAGCUGAUGAUGGCUUCUGGGAAGGGGAAUUCAGUGGGCGAAUUGGAGUGUUCCCAUCGGUGCUAGUGGAAGAACUUUCAGCCUCAGAAAAUGGUGACACUCCGUGGAUAAGAGAUACACAGCCUCACAGCUCCCUGCCUGCACUGCCGUUAUAUGACCAGCCUCCCAGCAGCCCUUACCUCAGCCCAGACAAGAGGAGCUCCCAGUACUUCCCCCGGUCUCCGUCAGCAAAUGAAAACAGCUUCCCUUCCGAAUCUCCAGGAUUCUCACAGGUACCAAGGCAUACUCCUGAGACCUCGUAUGGCAAACUGCGACCUGUCCGGGCAGCUCCCCCUCCACCCACACAGAACCACCGGAGGCCAGCAGAGAAGAUUGAAGAUGUGGAGAUCACGCUGGUGUGAUGGUGGGGUGGCCCAUCCAUGACUGCUACAAUCAAGGCCAGACUUGGAGUUUGGCCAGUCUUGUUUUUUUAGGCACCUUUGCAUGAUGAUAACUCUUGAACAGAGCAAAAACAAGGAGGAUUGUAUGUGACUGGGUGGCCUGGUGGAAUCCUCCCACAUUUAUGACUAUUUUGUGCCUUUUUUGUUGUCAUUUUCUACAUCAUCUCUCCUACCGUAGCACAAAUCCUAGCGGGCCCUAGAAGCAGAGAGGGGCAGCCCUCAUGCCUAACAGUGGUCCGUUUUUACAUGAGACUCAAGACCAGGCCUGGGUCCAGGGCACAGUCACAGAGAUACUGAUCAUGUGCCCUCGUACAGUAUAUUACUGUGGCUACAGGGGUGUGGCAGAGAUUCUCAUCUUCCUUACAGUGGCUUUUGUUCAUCUGAUUAAGUAUAAAUCAAAUCGUGUUGGCCAUAUGAGGCAUCAGAAGAAGGGAUUUCAGGAGAGGCUGGUUCCUCACCGCAGUUAAUGCCCAGACAAAGUGAAACUUUAAUGGAAAAAAAAGGACUGCGCCAAGUUUAGCGCCAGUUGCGUUAAUGCACAUCCCUUCCACAACUAACAGAUUUUAAACAAUUAACGGUGUCCUUUGUAUUAAUAUUUAUGCCAUUCAUUUAGUAUUAGUGGAGCUAAUAUUGAGGGGCUAAACUAGGAGCCACAUCCUGUUCAUCACAUAGACUAAUAGAAAGGAGGCUACGGCUAAAGCAGAAAUGGAGCUUCCAGCUCUGAAAUGAGCCAAUUUAAUGUUCUUUUUGUAUUGGGGUAUUUUUUCUUCUUAAUUUUUGCAGCAUAUACUCUUUUGACCCCAGCCAGUAUCAUUAGAAUCUGAAUGUCUAGAUAAAUUGAGGACAUAGACGUGCAUCGUUGAGUUUCUCUAAUGGGACGGCCCCUGGCAUUAUUUUAUUCCCAAGCUGGUGCUCUGGCCCAGAAAGCUGGCUAGUCCAGACCAGCUGCCACUCACCAUGGAAGAUGCAGCUUUGCAGGUCCCACUGACCUGACACCUCCUUGGGAGGAAGAACCUGUGGGCUCAUGGAGGAAACCAGCUUCCUAUGACAAAGGACUAAAGGAUUGCACAUACUGCACAAGUGCAAACUGAUGAUGAAAAGCCUAGCUCUCCACGUCACAGGGAGAACGAGGAGCGGCCUUUUCGGCAGGCCAGCGAGCACACAGCAGCUGGUCAGAACCCUCACCAGAUGUCCCAGGGUAGGACCCUAUCAGCUCUCCACCUCCUGUGGAAGCCAGGGAGUGCGUUACCUAGGGACGAAGGGAUAUUUGCCAGUUUUUUGUUUUUUUUUAAGAAAUUAACAAAUUUGCAGAAUUUUAUCCAAAAGUUGUAUGUAUGCUUUGAAAAAUUCAUGCUUCCCAGAAAUCUCUACGACUUGAAAUGCUUGUCAAACAUCCCUGUGGGAUUUUUUACUCAAAGUAAGGUCAUAGCUAAAGAAAUUUUCAGUUAGUCAUUUGAUCACUUCAGUGACAGUACGCACUGAUAAAUCUUCUCUGUGAUUUGGGGGUUUUUUUGUAUUUGUCCUUUGCAUUUCUUAACCUGUUGAUCUAUUUGAGGUCUUUUUUGUUUUUGUUUAUCAAACUUAUUCUUAAGUUUAAAAAAGAAAAGGGUGGUUUUUUUUAAGAUUUAAAAGUUUGCUGACGUGUUAAAAAUCUUCACAGUGCUUAAAUCAAGCAGUUCUUUCUUGCCACCCAGUCUCAUAUUUUCUCUUUAGCUAGCCAAAUUGUCCUUCAGUUUGGGUUUUCCACAUUCUCAGAGGUUAUGUGAAAUCUUUUGUUAUAUUUUAAAAUAUUUUUUGGAAGAGCUGCUAAUUUUAUUUGAAAAAUCAAAGUUGUAAAAAUAUGCCUCCUUUUUAAAAAGAACCCCUCCCUCCGGGACAUGUAAUCUAGCGUCACAGUGCACAGGGCUGGGCUCAGAGGGCGUCUCUGUGCCCGUGUGCUUUCUUUACAGUGGCUGUAAAAAGUUUGUAUUUAUUAUGUAUAAAAUGUCGAAUAAUAAAAAAGUGGAGUUAAGUUUA